AUGUGUACAUUGGCGCAGCUACGCCCUCAUCUCCCUGCGCGUGCAUUGAACACGGCUCGCCGUUUCACUACCUCGCAUCACAUUAACACGCCCGCUGCGACGGUAGCCGACGCUUUCCUGUCGCGCUUCCAAUCGCUGGGACCUCAAACCCGCACCCAGACUCUCGAUGCCAACCAGUUGCAGCUUCUCGGCCUUACCCUGAAUCGACCUUCCCUCUUCCCCGGGUCACCAUCACUGUCGAACACGUCAACUCCGCCGCUCCAUACGCCAGUGCCGCCUGGGUACCACCUCGCGUAUUUCACGCCGGCAUUUUUGGAAUCAGAGCUCGGCGCCGACGGUACGGAUGCCUCAUACAACCCCGAGGCGCCGUUCACGCGCCGUAUGUGGGCGGGUGGUGAGGUACUCUGGCCACGCGGUGCCGAUGAGAAGCCCAACCCGUUGCGCAUCGGACAACAAGUGAGCGAGACCACACGGGUCCUCAGUGCCGAGCCCAAAGUGGUCAAGAAGACUGGCGAGGAAAUGAUCGUGGUGGGUGUGGAGAAGGAAUUUGCUAACGAGCAGGGGGUCUCGAUCGUUGAUCGCAGGAACUGGGUUUUCCGGAAAGCUCUCCCAGUGCCAACUGCCUCGGCCCUCCUUCAUCGACCACUACGGAAGGAAACACCCACACUCGCACGCUGGUGCAAACCCCCCGUCACGCUCUUCCGAUUUUCGGCCCUCACCUUCAACCCUCACAAAAUCCACUACUCUCUUCCCUGGGCGCGUGAUGUGGAGGGACAUCGGGACAUUGUGGUUCAUGGCCCUCUGAACCUGAUCUCUGUCCUCGACCUGUGGAGGGACAUUCGAAGCCGGACGAGUGCAGACCCGACGACGAUCAUCCCGCAGCGCAUCUCUUACCGUGCGACGAGCCCGCUGUAUGCAGGAGAGGAGUAUCAGAUUGUGCUACAGGAGGAUGGAGAUGUCGCCAAGGUCGAGAUCGUCGCACCGGGCGAAGUGGUGGCCAUGAAAGCAGAGAUCCAAGCGUAA